UCUCUCAAAAACCGUGAAGCCACUGGCAGGUCUUCACAUCCAUUUCUUUGGACUCAAGGGGCUGAAGUGUGUCGGUGCCUUCACAGCGCCAACUUCCACUACUCACUGAAAGGCUGCUGUGAAUAUAAGAAUAUUCCUGGACAGGUGAACUACCCUUGGGAACACAGGGACGAUGGAUCCUGCCAUAUACCUUCUCCUGUUAGCAGGACUGGUGGCAACAAGUACAGCCACUAACACGACAACAGCCAGUGCAACAAUGCUAGCAACCAACAUGACUUCACUAACAGCCAACAUGACCACGGCAUCAUCCAAUAUGACCUCAUCAGCAGCCAACAUGACCACGGCAUCAUCCAAUAUGACCUCAUCAGCAGCCAACAUAACGUCAUCACCAUCCAAUAUGACGUCACCAGCAGCCAACUCGACCUCAUCACCGUCCAAUAUGACGUCAUCUGCUUCCAACACAACGUCAUCACCAUCCAACAUGACCUCGUCAGCAGCCAACACAACGUCAUCACCAUCCAACAUGACCUCGUCAGCAGCCAACUCGACGUCAUCACCAUCCAACAUAACCUCGUCAGCAGCCAACAUGACUACGUCAUCAACAGUAAAUAUGACCUCACCACCAAUCAAUGUGACCUCACCACCAGUCAAUGUGACCUCGCCAGCAGUCAAUGCAACCUCAUCACCAGUCAACACAACUUCACCACCAGGAAAUGCAACCUCAUCACCAGUCAACAUGACCUCACCAUCAGUCAAUGUGACCUCACCACCAGUCAACAUGACUUCACCACCAGUUAAUGCAACCUCACCACCAGUCAACAUGACCUCACCACCAGUCAAUGCAACCUCACCACCAGUCAACAUGACCUCACCACCAGUCAAUGCAACUUCACCACCAGUCAACAUGACCUCACCACAAGUCAACGCAACUUCACCACCAGUCGUGACCUCACCACCAGCAGUCAAUGUGACCUCACCGACAGUCAACAUGACAUCAGCAACAGCUAACACGACUUCACCAGUCAAUGUGACCUCACCACCAAUCAGUGCAACCUCACCACCAGUCAACGUGACCUCACCACCAGGCAAUGCAGCUUCACCACCAGUCAACAUGACCUCACCACCAGUCAAUGCAACUUCAUCACCAGUCAACAUGACCUCACCACCAGUCAACAUGACCUCACCACCAGUCAACAUGACCUCACCACCAGUCAAUGCAACUUCACUACCAGUCAGCAUGACCUCACCACCAGUCAAUGCAACGUCAUCACCAGUCAACAUGACCUCACCACCAGUCAACAUGACCUCACCACCAGUCAACGCAACCUCACCAACAGUAAACAUGACCUCACCACCAGUCAAUGCAACCUCACCACCAUUCAACCUGACCUCACCACCAGUCAACAUGACCUCACCACCAGUCAACGUGACCUCACCACCAGUCAAUGCAACCUCACCACCAGUCAAUGUGACCUCGCCACCAGUCAAUGCAACCUCACCACCAGUCAACACAACCUCACCACCAGUCAAUGCAACCUCACCACCAGUCAAUGCAACCCUACCACCAGGUAAUGCAACUUCUGCACCUGUAAGUGGAACAUCCGCAACACCAACAAUCUCAACUAGUGGCACUCCAGCUGCGGCCCCACCGUCAGAGCCAACAGUUAACUUGGGUUUUAGGUUGCAGCAGACUUUCAGCCCACAACUAGCAGACACAUCCUCAGCUGAGUUCAAAGCACUAGCAGAUAAUGUCACCAAAGUGCUCAACACGACAUAUUCAACACAAUUUGGAUCAGACUUUGUUAAAGCUGAAGUUGUACGAUUCAGCGAAGGAUCCGUUGUUGUUGAGUCAAAGCUGACAUUCAAGAGCGCGACAACAGUACCAAAUGCCACUACUGCAGCUGAGACUUUGAGAGCUGCUGCCUCCUCCGGGAAUCUUUCACUUCCUGUUAACGCAUCAUCUAUUACUGCGACAGUUGUGUUACCGCCAACCGAUGCUCCAACCACAGCUGCACCUACAACCUUGGGAAAUUCAACUUCAUCAUCAGUUAUCCCACCUUCACCACCAGUCAACACAACCUCACCAUCAGUCAGCACAACCUCACCAUCAGUCAACAUGACUUCACCAACACUCAAUGCAACCUCACCACCACUUAAUGCAACCUCACCACCAGUCAACAUGACCUCACCACCACUCAAUGCAACCUCACCACCAGUCAACAUGACCUCACCACCAGUCAAUGCAACCUCACCACCAGCCAGUGCAACCUCAUCACCAGUCAACAUGACCUCACCACCAGUCAGUGCAACUUCACCACCAGCUAACACAACUUCACCACCACUCAAUGUAACCUCACCACCAGUCAACAUGACCUCACCACCAGCCAAUGCAACCUCACCACCAGUCAAUGGAACCUCACCACCAGUCAACAUGACCUCACCACCAGCCAAUGCAACUUCGCCACCAGUCAAUGCAACCUCACCACCAGUCAAUGCAACCUCACCACCAGUCAACAUGACCUCACCACCAGUCAAUGCAACCUCACCACCACUCAAUGUAACCUCACCACCAGUCAACAUGACCUCACCACCACUCAAUGUAACCUCACCACCAGUCAACAUGACCUCACCACCAGUCAACAUGACCUCACCAACCAUCAACAUGACCUCACCACCACUCAGUGUAACCUCACCACCAGUCAACAUGACCUCACCACCAGUCAAUGUAACUUCACCACCAGCUAACGCAACCUCACCACCAGUCAACACAACCUCACAAACCAUCAACAUGACCUCACCACCAGCUACCACUACUGCUGCUCCAUCAUCUACUGCUCCUAAUGGUACAGCCCCUCCAAACACCACUGCAUCAACAAAUCCACCUUCAUCCAGUGAGGGAACUCUGGGUCUUCAGUUCAGCCUCAACCAAAUGUUCAUAUCAGAACUGUCCAACCCAUCGUCACAAGCAUUUCAAGACUUAGCUGCAAAUGUGACUGCAGCGGUGAACGCAGCGUGCCAGAGGCUCUAUGGAUCAGCUUUCAUUCGUUCCAAUGUUACUUCAUUCACGAAUGGAUCAGUGGUUACCAAUAUGGUUCUCACAUUUAGAAAUCAAAGCUCAGUGCCUUCAACAAGUAAUGCAACUUCACAACUCAGUACUGAACUUACCAGCAACUCUUCCUCCCUGAACAUUAUACCAGGCAGUCUUACUGCAAUUUCCACUUCUGCUUCCACUGCGGCACCUACUGUUACAACUGCCCUGACUGCAGCUGCUAACACAACCGCUGCCACGACUGCAGCCUCUAACACAACAGCUGCAACAACUGCAGCCUCUAACACAACAGCUGCCACGGCUGCAGCCUCUAACACAACCGCUGCCACGACUGCAGCCUCUAACACAACAGCUGCAACAACUGCAGCCUCUAACACAACAGCUGCCAUGACUGCAGCCUCUAACACAACAGCUGCAACAACUGCAGCCUCUAACACAACAGCUGCCACGGCUGCAGCCUCUAACACAACAGCUGCAACAACUGCAGCCUCUAACACAACAGCUGCCAUGACUGCAGCCUCUAACACAACAGCUGCAACAACUGCAGCCUCUAACACAACAGCUGCAACAACUGCAGCUGCUAACAUGACAGCUGCUGCCACGACUGCGGCUUCCAACACGACUGCUGCUGCAAUGACUGCGGCUGCAACGACUGCGGCUUCCACCACGACUGCUGCUGCAACGACUGCAGCUUCUAGUACAACAGCAGCCACGACUGCAGCAACAGACCCUCCUUCAUCCAGUGAGGGAACUCUUGGACUGCGGUUUAGUCUCGACCAAACAUUUACAAGCGAUCUCAGCAACCCUUCCUCGGCAGCUUUCCAGGCUUUAGCUGCAACAGUGGUGGCUGAGGUAAACAGAGUGUGUAGAAGACUCUUUGGAACAUCAUUUCUUCGCUCCAUAGUUAAUUCAUUCGCGAGUGGAUCAGUGGUUACCAAUAUGACUCUCGUGUUCCAAAAUCAAAACUCAGUUCCUGCAGCAAGCACUGCAACUACACAGUUGAGCACUGAACUUACCAACAACUCUUCCCUGAAUGUAAUACCAGGCAGUGUUACCGCAGAGUCAACAUCAACAUCAAGCAGCCCUCCUCACCCCACAGUGGGCACAUUGGCAGUCUUUUCACUAGCACUGCUGGCUGUGACACAAAUGCUGAUCGACUUAUAGCCGGAAGCCGAGGCAGAUACACUGACCUGACCAGAAGUUUUUACUGUACUGUUAAAUGAGGAAAAAAGCAUAUGCUAACAAACAAAAAAAGAAGACAUAACAGGUGUGCAUUAUGAAAUUUACCAAUGCAGUGUCAUGAGGUAAAAAGAAGUGUGCUGUGUGUCUAAAAUUCAGACAAUUUUAUAGUAUUUUCCAUAUUUGACGUUACAGCUUAUUUAAAGUUCUAAUCAUGAAGGCAAAUAUUUGAUGCUUUGUGCCAUUCAGUAGACUUGUUAGUGCCUUUGUUUUGCAAAUGCAUCUUUUUCAUUCACGUAGCGCAUAUUUAUUUCUAAUUAAGAGCAUUAUGCAUCAUUAUAGACACUUCAGCAGGAUAACAUUUAUUCAAAGCAUGUGCAGUGAAAGAAUGAAACGGACGAAGGGUGUACUUACUCCAGUGUGAUGCUGAACACUAACAGAGCUGAGGCAAAGUGGCCUUGGAUGCCGGAGGCCAAUUAUUCAUAUUGUAUCUAAGACCAACCAGUGGUAAUUAAGUAACCAUGUUUUAGCCAUGUAGCUCCAGGUAGCUAACCCUUAACACCAGCACAGCUGGCAUGUAAGAGUACCGUAGGAAAAACUGUUAGCACUGAGCUUUCAAUUAUGUUGCCUUUAGCUUAGUCUUCCAAUAUCAAGUGAGUAAUGUGGAGGGUGGAUAACCAUCAAAUGAACUGCUUCAUACUUCUCUAAAAAUGUUGACACACUGUCAUUAUAUUCAUAAUUUACACAUAUUUUUGAUUGAUUAAUUGAUUAACAAUUUCUAUUUCUGGUUCUUCCUAUAUGUUUUUUUGAAAAUGGGGAUACCAAAAUUGUAUUUAUGUUAAUCAACAAAGUAUUAAAAAUGUUAUCUCUGAAAUAA